UCAGGCAUAAAGUAGAUUGAAAAUAUUAAGCUGAUGGAAACAGUAAUAAUGUUUAAGAAAAUGUUACUCAUUCUUUUCUUUGUAAUAGGAGAACUUGUUCAGUACAGUGAUGCACAGUUGAUGGAUUGCUUAAAGACUGACAGAGAAGCUCUUCUUGCGUUGAAGAAUGGUUUUAAUGACCCUGAAAACCGUCUUUCAUCAUGGAAGGGAAGCAAUUGCUGUCAAUGGCGGGGUAUAAGCUGUGAAAACAGUACUGGAGCUGUCAUUGCAGUUGAUAUCCAUAAUCCAUAUCCACAAGGCUUUGAUUCUAGCAGGUAUGGACUCUGGAACCUUAGUGGGGAAAUUACACCUUCACUGACAAAACUGAAGUCCUUGAGACAUUUGGACUUGAGUUUCAACACAUUCAAUGGCAACCCAAUUCCUGAGUUUUUUGGAACUUUGGAAAAUUUGCAGUAUCUAAACCUCUCACAUGCUGGGUUUAGUGGUGCAGUUCCUUCAAAUUUAGGAAACCUCUCUAGCUUGCAGUAUCUUGAUGUCGAGUCCUUGAGUUUACUUGUCGAAAAUUUUGAAUGGGUAACAGGCCUAGUCUCUCUAAAGCAUCUAGUGAUGAAUGAAGUUAAUCUUUCAAUGGUAGGAUCAGACUGGAUUAGGAAACUAAAUAAGCUCCCAUCCUUAACUGAGUUGCAUCUAUCUUCUUGUAGCUUAUCUGGUUCCAUUCCAACUCUUACCAGUGUAAACUUAACUUCACUUGUUGUCCUAAAUCUUAGAUUUAAUGACUUCCAUUCUAAAAUACCUGAUUGGCUUGUCAAUAUUAGCAGCCUCAUUACCUUGGAUUUAGGCCAUAAUAACUUUUUUGGAAGAAUUCCCCUUGGUUUUAGUGACCUGCCAAAUUUGCAGUUUUUAUAUCUUAAUAAUAAUGCCAAUCUCACAGCAAGUUGCUACCAAUUGUUUAGGGGAAGAUGGGGGAAGAUAGAAGUUCUCAAUUUAGGUUUCAAUAAACUACAUGGGAAACUUCCUGCUUCCAUUGGGAACAUGAGAUUUCUCACUCACUUAAAUCUUUUUGCCAAUAAUGUUAAGGGUGGGAUCCCAAGCUCUAUUGGAAACCUUUGUAACCUGGUCUCCAUAGAUAUAGGAAGAAAUAACCUGACCGGAACUUUGCCUGAAUUCCUUGAAGGAACAGAAAGUUGCCUUUCUAGGAGGCCUCUGCCUAGUCUUCAGGACUUGGUAUUGUCAAACAAUCACUUGGUUGGUAGGUUACCAGAAUGGCUAAGUCAGCUCGAGAGUCUUGUUCGUCUUGAUUUGUCCUACAACUCUCUAUAUGGUCCCAUCCCAUAUUCCCUAGAAUUACUGCAAAAUCUUUCACACCUCUGGCUAGGAAACAAUGAACUAAAUGGGACUCUACCAGAAAGUUUGGGACAACUUUCUAAUUUGACUUUUCUUGAUGUUUCUUCAAAUCGUUUGACGGGCAUGGUCACUGAAAAGCAUUUUUUAAAGCAAGAUAAGCUAGGAUUCUUGGAACUAUCUUCAAACUCUUUCACCUUGAAUGUCAGUUCGGUUCCUCCAUUCCAAGUCUGGUAUUUAUAUAUGCGUUCAUGCCAUUUGGGUCAUUCAUUUCCGGCUUGGCUCAAGUCACAAAACGAACUCAUAGAUUUGGAUAUCUCAAAUGCUAGCAUUUCUGGCUCCAUACCCAAUUGGUUUUGGGAACUUUCCUCCACCUUAGUAUUGUUGAAUGUUUCCUAUAACCAACUAGAAGGUGUGCUACCAAAUCCAUUGAACUUAGCUCCGGGUGCAGUGGUUUAUUUUGGCUCAAACCGCUUCAGUGGGUCCAUUCCUAAUCCAAGUGGCAACAUCGAGGUACUUGAUCUAUCCAAAAAUCAAUUUUCUGGUAAUAUUCCAGAGAACAUAAGUGGUUCCUUGCUAAUCCUCUCUAUCUCUCACAACCGGAUAAGUGGAGGAAUUCCAGCUUCUAUAGGCAACAAUCCUGAUCUUGAAGUCAUUGAUCUUUCCAACAACAACUUAACAGGAAUUAUUCCACCAAGCAUUGGGAAUUGUUCUUUCCUGAAGGUAUUAGACCUUAGUAAGAACAAUUUAUUUGGCAACAUUCCUGCCUCUUUGGGUGAACUAAGUACGCUCCAAACAUUGCACCUAAGCAACAACAAGUUAUCAGGAGAGAUCCCAUCAUCUUUCCAAAAUUUAUCGAGUUUGGAGACAAUGGAUCUUGGAAACAACAGAUUAACAGGUAGAAUUCCACAAUGGUUUGGAGAAGGUUUUGAAAGUCUAAGGAUUCUUAGCUUGAGGGCCAAUGCAUUUUCCGGAGAACUUCCAUCAGGGCUAUCGAAUUUAAGUUCAUUACAAGUCCUGGACCUGGCAGAAAAUCAGUUGAAUGGGAGUAUUCCAGCUAGCUUUGGAGAUUUCAAAGCUAUGUCACAGGUACAAAACGUUUACCAUCAUCUUUUUUAUGCACCGUACUUCGGCAUCCACUAUGAAGAAAACUUGGUUCUUACUACUAAAGACCUGUCUCUGACGUUCAGCAAGACCCUCUCCCUUGUUGUAGUCUUAGACCUCUCAGCAAAUAAUUUGUCUGGUGAUCUUCCAAGAGAGCUAACAAAUUUGCUGGGCUUAGUGUUUCUAAACUUGUCCAGAAACCAUAUAAGUGGGCAUAUUCCAGAGAGUAUAUCCAGCUUGAAGGAGUUGUCAUCAAUUGAUCUCUCAAAUAAUCGGUUCUCUGGUGCAAUUCCUGAAAGCUUAAAAUCACUCUCAUUUCUGGGGUAUCUGAAUUUGUCAAACAAUGACUUGUCUGGUAAGAUUCCAUAUAAAGACCACUUGACAACUUUUGAAGCGUCCUCUUAUGGUGGAAACCAACGCCUUUGUGGUGCUCCACUUGCUGUAAAAUGUCCUGGUGAUGAAGAUGAUGAUGUUCCUGAUAAUGGAUUUGUUAUUCCCAAGGAUGAUACUAAUGGUGACAGCUUUAUUGACAAAUGGUUUUACUUGAGUAUUGGAUUGGGAUUUGCUGCUGGAAUUCUAGUUCCUUAUCUAGUAAUGGCAAUGAAAAGAUCUUGGGGUGAUGCCUAUUUUACUUUUGUGGAUGUUGCUGUUGAAAGGAUACUAUAUAUAUGGUUGAAAUAUAGAACCAUACUGCAGAGGAAUAGGGGGCGUCAUUAGCUAAGAUAGUCUGUUCUUCUUCAAUUUGUUGCCCUUAUCAUUUACAUUUUGGUUUCGUUUUUUGUUCUUUUUUUUUUUUUUUGGUUAUUUUGUUUUGUUUUUGUUUUUUUUUUUUUUUUUUGGGUAGAAUUACAUUUGAAAACUUUUAUCAUGUAGAAAUCAAAGACAUGAAUGAAAAACUGGCAAAAUGCUUUCUUUA